UCAACGGUUCUAGUGAGAGGAUGAGAGAAGCGCUGUUUCCUCGCAGAUGGGUGUGCGUGCUUGGUCGCCCUCGUACAACUUGCAAAUCAAACACUUCUAAAGAAACGUCAUUUGUAUCUAAACUACAUUCAAUGAUAUUUUUGUUUGUAGUUGUUUAUUGUCAACGUUCACAAUGUUACCCGCGAAAUAUAGUAGAGUACUAGUUUUCUUCACAACGUUUUGGUUUUACGCAACUUUGGCACACGGGAGUGGAUUUAAUCAUUCAACUAUCUUGGACCCUCAUGGGAAGUAUCAUCUGAAGUGGAGGUUUGACCGGAUAACUAUUACUUUUGAAAUAGAAGUGGAAACUAGAGGAUAUAUAGGAUUUGGUCUAUCUCCCAACGGUGCCAUGGCGUCGUCGGAUAUUGUAAUUGGUGGAGUCACGGAUGGGACACCGUAUCUACAGGAUUACUUUGCAGACGCCAACAGAAAAGUGCACAGAGAUGUGCAGCAGAACUACAGGCUGCAGUAUGGCAGGGAGAACAGCACACACACUGUCCUGGCUUUCAGCAGGGACCUCCUGACCUGUGACACAAGUGACAAGGACAUCACGGAAAGCACAGUGAGAGUGAUAUGGGCCUACCACAGUGAGGAUGUGGAACCGUCAGGACCGAUGUACCAUGGAGUGAACCGAGGGAGGAAGAGUAUGCGGCUACUCAACCCAGGAAUUAAAGCUAAUAUUCCCUCUGGGAUUGACUUUUUCAACUUGCAAAACAUAAACGUGCCAGUGCCAUUCAAGGACACUACCUACUGGUGUCAGAUAUUUAAGAUCCAGGAGGUUCAGAAGAAACACCAUAUCAUUAGAAUUGAACCUUUGAUUCAAAGGGGCCAUGAAAACCUGGUUCAUCACAUUUUGUUGUAUCAAUGUGAUAGCAGCUUGAAUGAGAGUGAGCUCGAGGCUGGCCAUGAAUGUUACCAUCCAAAUAUGCCUGACUCCUUUCUCACCUGUGAGACGAUAGUCUUCGCCUGGGCCAUUGGUGGUGAGGGGUUCACCUAUCCACCCCAUGUUGGACUGUCCAUUGGCACAUCAAUAGACCCUGUCUAUGUCCUGAUGGAGGUCCACUAUGACAACCCAGCCUUUCAACAAGGAAUGGUGGACAGCUCUGGCCUGCGUCUGUUCUACACCCCUGAGCUGCGUCAGUAUGAUGCAGGAGUGAUUGAGACAGGUGUGUGGGUGAGUCUGUACCACAUGCUGCCUCCAGGCAUGCAGGAGUACGUCUCAGAGGGACACUGUACCCGCGAGUGUUUGCAGGAGUCCCUAGGCCAGGAGAUGCCCAGCGGAGUGAGGGUGUUUGCUGUUCUGAUGCAUGCCCACCUAGCUGGCCGUGCCAUCAGAACCAGACACUUCCGGGAACAGAAGGAGCUGCAGCCCCUCUCACAUGACGAGGAGUUUGACUUCAACUUCCAGGAGUUCCAGCUGCUGAAGGAUGAGAGGCUGCUGUUACCUGGUGACAAUUUGAUCACAGAAUGCAAGUACACCACAAAAGACAGACAAAACAUGACCUGGGGUGGUUUGACCACCAGGGAUGAGAUGUGUCUGUCCUACCUGCUCUACUAUCCCAGAGUGAACCUGGCCAGGUGUGAGAGCCUCCCUGAGAUCACCGGGCAGCUUAAGUUCAUCGGAGUCAAAGAGAUCCAGGUGCCUGUCACGACCUGGCCUUUCAUGAUCAAGAGCCCAAAGAAGUACAGCAAUCUCUCCUUCACAGAGGCCAUGGACAAGUACAGGUGGUCGAAGAACAGAGGGAGGUCCUUCAACGAGAUGGUUCUACAGCUGCCCAUGAACGUGCGCUGCUCCAAGUGGGGGCAGGAUGAGUGGUCGAUUCAAGGGACGAUAGUGUCACCACCAGAGGUGAAGUCUGAAGUCAAGCCUCCCUCCAUGGUGUGCCAUUCUGCCUCAGAGCCACACAGUGGAAUGGUUCUACUCUUUACUAUGUGCCUCACAUAUUCUAUAGUCCAGACCUGUUUCAGCCUUUAGCCCAUAGCUAUGCCACUGUGUGAAUCACACCACUCACUCUCCCACACUGGCUGUGGAAGAAGUUGUUUGACGGAAGAAGACAAGACAUUCCUAGAAUCUCUCCACCCCAUCCAUUCAUUAUGUGUUAUUGGGAUGUUUAUUGAAUGCAAAUUCAGUCCUUGAACAGCAACAAUAGAAGCUGGUUCUAGGAUGACCACCUACAAAAACGAUAUUUACAUUUUUAGUCAUUUAGCAGACGCUCUUAUCCAGAGCGACUUACAGUUAGUGAGUGCAUACAUUUUCAUA